AUGGAGUACUACGGGACAAUCUCCAUUGGCACCCCGCCGCAGGACUUCACCGUGGUCUUCGACACCGGCUCCUCCAACCUCUGGCUGAAAGUCUUCAUUUCUGGUUUUCCCACUUACCCUCUAGAAAACCAUCGGAAGUUUAACCCAUCCCACUCCUCCACCUACAAAAGCACGGGGCAGAAGCUGUCUAUUCAGUACGGCACCGGGGAGAUGGAGGGCGUCGUGGGUUCCGACAUCGUCACCGUCGCAUCUCUGGUGGACACCAACCAGCUCUUCGGCUUAAGCACCACUGAGCCCGGUCCAUUCUUUGUCCACGUGGAAUUCGAUGGGAUCCUGGGCUUGGGCUACCCAAAUCUGGCUGUUGAUGGGAUCACGCCGGUGUUUGAUAACUUGGUGAAUGCCAGCUUGCUGGAGGAGAACCUUUUCUCAGUCUACCUGUCCCGUGAGGCAACAGGAAGCAUGGUCAUCUUCGGAGGGAUUGAUGAGACUUAUUUCAAUGGCUCCAUCAACUGGAUCUCUGUCUCCUACCAAGGUUACUGGCAGAUCUCCAUGGAGAGCAUCCUCGUGAACAACCAGGAGAUUGCAUGCAGUGGUGGCUGCCAAGCCAUCGUCGACACUGGCACUUCCCUCGUGGCUGGGCCACCCUCAGACAUCAGUAACAUCCAGAGAGUGGUCGGGGCCUGGCAGGACACGUAUGGAGAGUACAAGGUGAACUGCAGCUCCGUUUCUGCCAUGCCCGAUGUCAUCUUUGUCAUCGAUGGGGUGCACUAUCCUGUGUCCGCCGUGGCUUACACCGAGCAGAAUGACCAAGGACCUUGCGUAAGCGGCUUCCAGAACACCUCUGGGAACCUCUGGAUCUUGGGAGAUGUCUUCAUCAGGGUGUACUACAGCAUCUUUGACCGGGCCAACAACCGUGUUGGACUGGCCAAGGCUAUUUAG